AUGGAAAAUUGUAAGAAUUUAUUAUUUUUAAAUUUUAAAAAUUUAUCUAUAAUAUUAGGAAAAGAAAGAGAAAAAAAAUUUACAAAUAAAUUUUCAAAAUAUAUUGAAACAGAUAAUAAUAAAAGGUGUAUUAUAAAUUUAAUGUUGUAUAAAAUAUUUAAAGGAUAUAUUUUUUUACUUAUAUAUUUUAUUAUAAUAUUGAAGAAUGAAUACAUAUAUGAAGAUUCGUAUGUCACAUUAAUGUGGCCAUAUAAUAAUAUUUUUACGAGAAUAUUGUCUGAAAUGAAUUUGAAGGAAAAAGAUAAUGGUAAACUUAAAAAUUCAAAUAUAAAUACAAGUAUGAAGAACUCACCUAUAAAAAACAAAAAUAUGGAUAAUAUAAAUGUGAAAAGUAUUAAUGUGAAUAAAUUAAAUACAAAUGAUAGCAAUAGUAAUAAUAUAAUGUUUUAUGAUGUACUAAAAUAUAACGAAAUAGAAAAUAAUAAUAAAAAUGAUAUUCAUAAUAAUAUAUUUUAUUCCUUUCAUAAUAAUAAGAAUGAUAUACAUAACCAUAUAUUUUAUUCCUUAAAUAAUAAUGAAAAUGAUAUACAUAACAAUAUAUUUUAUUCCUUUCACAAUAAUACAAAUGAUAAUAAUGGAAUUAACAAAGGAAAUAAUUAUAAAUCUUUUAAUGAUUAUAUAUGGGAUAAAAAUAUGGAUAUUAAUAAGAUGAAUUUGAACUCCGAUUUGGAUACAAUAACUAGAAAGUUGGAGUCAUUUACUUUAAAGGACGAUAAAAUAUUUGGACGUCAUAUAAUUAAUUAUGAUUAUGGUGAUGAUAAUAAAAUUUGCACAUAUUCCAAUGAAGAUAAAUGUAAUCAUGUGAAUUGUAAGAGAAAUGAUCAUUUUGUAGAACAUCAAAAUAUAGGUGAAAAUGAAAUGACAUGUGGUUCUACUGAAGGAAUAGAUGAUUUACUAAGACAUACUUGUAAUACUUCGGAUUACAGUUGUUAUAGUAGUGAUGAAUUGGAAGAUGAAUCUAGUGAUGAAAAUUGUGAAGGGUACACAAAAAUGGAAAAAUAUAAAAUGUAUAAUAAGUAUAAAAGAAAUAGAGAACGUAAAAGGACUAAUGAGAAUACAAUGAAUAGUAAUAAUAUAAGUAAAAGGAAGAAUAGAAGUAAUAUUAAGAGUGAAAUGAAUAAUGAUGAUAGACAAUAUGAAGAACAUAGAAUAAAUAAUGCACAAAAAAAAAAUAAUUUUUCUAAAGAUCAUAUUGUAUAUAAAAAUAAUGAUCUCUUUAAAAAAAAAAAUGAACAUCCUUUUAAUGAAAAUUCACAAAAUGACUACCGUUGUAAGAACGAAAAAAAUCAUGUAAGAAAAAAUGACGAGGGAACAAAAAUAUUAAACAGCACUGAUAUUAACACGUAUAAAGAAAGUAGCAAUAGUAGUAUCACAAGCAGUGACAGCAAUGAUAGUACUAAUGGUAGUAUCAAUGAAUUACACAAUUAUAACAGUAGGAACACUAAAGAUAUAAAUGAGGAUGAAUCAUAUUCUGUAGAACAAUCUAAAAUGAAUAAAUAUAUUAAUAAUAAAAAGAAAAAUCAAAAUAGUUCAUAUGAUACACAAUGUUUAGAUGGUUAUGAUGAUAAUCAAUAUGAAACGACGUUGGAAGAGACACCCAAAAAAAACAAAAAUAAGAAUAAUAUUUCAUCGAACAAAAUGAAUACAAACAUAAAAGUAGAGGAAGUAAAUAAUAAAGAAAUAGUAUUUGACGAAUUUGAAGAAGAGAUACUAGAAGAUAAUUUAAUGAAUUUCAAACAAUAUGAAUUUCAUAAAACUUUAUCAGAAGAAGAAUUUUUUAAAAUGAUUGAUUCUCUAGAUGAUGUUUUAUGUGAUAAAGAUAUGCUCUAUAUAUUUCAUUUUAUAAAUACAUUCGAGAGAAAAAAAUAUUUAAUUAUGCAAGAAGAUUUUAAUAUCUAUUGUGAAUGGUAUUCAUCUAUAAAUAAUAUACCAGUAAAUGUUAAACAAAAAUAUAUGAUUAAAAUUUCAUUCUAUCAAACAAAAGAUUAUCUAGAAUUGGAAGGAACUAUUUAUUGUAAUUUUUAUUCUCUAAUUAAUAAAACAUUUGAAAUGGCUAAAAAAGAUUUUGUUUUUAAAAUGAAUGAAAUACAAAAGAUUUGGAAGCAGUAUAGGUUUGAAAAAAUGAAAUACUGGAAAAAUUAUUUAUGUUCAAAACUUAAAAAAUAUAAAAGAAAUGCAAAUAUUCGUAGGACCUAUACAAAAUAUUCUGAUUUAAUCUUACUAUAA